GAGGACCAUUCCCCUAGCACCAGUCGCUUCCAUUCUCCAUCCCUGAAAAAAAGGUCGCUGCCACUCCACCGUGUGAUCUCGCCGCCGCGAAGCACGACCGCCGCCGCCCCGCCGCCACCUGACAGCCAACACUCGCGCGCCCGAAGGUUCUCCUCUUAUUACUCCAUUUUACAUCGCUACCUCCGUCCACAGCGACCGCUGCCUUGCGGCAUAGCCCCAUGGCCGCCGCCGCCGCCCCGGCGCCUCCCCCCGCUGAGCCGUCGCCGAAGCCACCGGAUUCUAUCCCCCCCGCGGAAGAGGAUGAGGCGGAUGCGGGAGGCACCCCACGGAGGGCUGAUCGGGUGGGGACGGUGAAUUGGGGAACUGGCACCCUCGUCGGCGUAUUCACUGGGCUCCUCUACGGCGGGAGCAAGGAGGCCAACGCGAAUGUUAGUAAGGAUGCAGAAGUGAUGUUGAAGAUGGGAAGCACCACAGACAAGCGUGAACAGUAUAGGCUGAUGAGAGACGCAAUGGAGAAGAGAUUCAUCCGGGUUGCCAAAGGCUCACUAGUUGGUGGUGCUCGCCUUGGGAUGUUCACUGCAACUUUCUUUGGCAUACAGAACCUUCUUAUUGAGAACCGCGGAGUGCAUGAUGUGUUCAAUAUUGCUGGAGCUGGCUCGGCUACGGCGGCUGCUUUUGGACUUAUAUUGCCAGGUCCACCAAUGUGGCGUGCAAGGAAUGUAUUAGUCGGAUCUGUUCUUGGUGCCGGAAUCUGCUUUCCCCUUGGUUGGGUACAGUUGAAGCUGGCUGAAAGGGCCAAUCUUGAGAUUUCAAAAUCACAGUCAGAUUUUGCAAAAGAGCAUGGAAAUCAAAGCCGCGUGGGUGCAGCUAUAGACCGACUUGAGGGCAGCCUGAGGAAGUAGCAUUAUGUACCCUGCAAGAACCUUUUCUCAUACCUUGUGUUGGUUCCUGGAAGUGUAGCUGCAAGCUGGCUAUAUUUUGUUAACACGCACGGCUGUUACUCUUGUUCUUUCCUGUGUUUGUCAUACUAAUGUUGUGAAUUUUGAAGUGGUAAAACUGGUAAUAGCUAUAGCAGCUAGGGCAACGCCUCUGGCCCUUUGAAAACAAUAGCAGCUAGGGCAACCAUGUCUGUUUUUUGAAGAUAAAUUGUGAUACAGAAUCUGACUUGCUGGAACCGGACAUUUCUGAUCAGUUUUUCGUACUGAUUUGGAUGUUUGUUUGUGUCA